GGCGGCAGGAAGGGGCGGGCGCGGCGCCGGGAGCGCGACAUGGUGGGCGCCGGUGCGCGCGGGGCGCCGCUGCUGCCGCCCGUGCUGCUGCUGCCGCUGCUGUUGCGGGGCGCAGCGGGCGGCAUCGCCGACAGCGUGGUCUGGGCCGUCAACGCGGGCGGCGAUGCCCAUGUGGACGUGAACGGCAUCCACUUCCGCAAGGACCCGCUCGAGGGCCGCGUGGGCCGAGCUUCUGACUAUGGUAUGAAACUGCCAAUCUUGCGGUCCAACGCAGAAGACCAGAUUCUGUACCAGACAGAGCGUUACAAUGAGGAAACCUUUGGCUAUGAAGUUCCCAUCAAAGAGGAGGGUGACUAUGUGCUGGUGUUGAAGUUUGCAGARGUCUAUUUUGCACAGUCUCAACAGAAGGUAUUUGAUGUUCGCUUGAAUGGCCACGUGGUGGUGAAAGACUUGGACAUUUUUGACAGAGUUGGACACAGCACAGCUCACGAUGAGAUCAUUCCCAUGAGUAUCAAAAAGGGAAAACUGAGUGUCCAGGGAGAGGUUUCAACAUUCACAGGAAAGCUCCACAUUGAGUUUGUAAAGGGCUACUAUGACAAUCCAAAAAUCUGUGCCCUAUACAUCCUGCAAGGAACAGUGGAAGAUGUUCCCAAGCUGCAGCCACACCCAGGUCUGGAGAAAAAAGAGGAAGAUGAUGAUGAAGAUGAAUAUGACGAUGGCUCCAGUGUCAAAAAACAGGCAAAUAAGAACCGGGUUCAGUCAGGCCCACGCACACCAAACCCCUAUGCCUCAGACAACAGCAGCCUCAUGUUUCCUAUAUUGGUGGCCUUUGGUGUCUUCAUUCCUACCCUCUUCUGCCUCUGCCGAUUGUGAGAGCAAGCCCCACAGUGCAUCAGCCCAGGGGCUGGGAGGGAAGGAGUUGGACCAAAUAUGGUUGCUUUCAAU